CUUAUUGAAUAUCUUUUUACUUCCAGAAAAUGGCUCUGAAAGGAUUAACAGUUUUGGAGUUUGCUGGCUUGGCACCAGCUCCAUUCUGUGGAAUGAUUAUGGCAGAUUUUGGAGCCAGAGUGAUUAGAAUAGACCGUCCUCAACCUCAGUAUUCAAAUGAUAUGUUGGGUCGUGGCAAAGAAUCAAUAUGUGUUGACAUCAAGAAACCCAGUGGAACGCAAAUAAUCAAAAGAUUGUGUCAGAUGUCUGAUGUCCUCAUUGAACCUUUCCGAACAGGGGUCAUGGAAAAACAUGGUUUGGGACCUGACAGUUUAUUGUCUGUUAAUCCAAGAUUGAUUUAUACCAGACUUUCUGGCUUUGGACAGAAUGGCUCUUUGGCACGAAGAGUAGGACAUGACAUCAAUUUUCUUGCCAUAUCUGGUUUAUUAUCAAUACUGGGCCGUGCAAAUGAACGACCCCAUGCACCUAUUAAUCUCUUGGGUGACUUUGCUGGAGGAAGCCUGCUGAGUGUAAUAGGAAUUCUGACUGCUCUUCAUUACCGUUCUCAAACUGGUCAAGGCCAAGUGGUUGAUAAUAAUAUGACUGCAGGGGCAGCAUACCUUGGGAGCUGGGUAUGGAAGUCUCAAAAGUUACCCCUAGUGUGGGGCAAAUCUAAAGGGGAAAACCUCUUAGAUGGUGGUGCUGCAUAUUAUGAUACUUACGAGACAUCUGAUGGCAAAUACAUGGCAGUUGGGGCUUUGGAGCCACUUUUUUAUUCCAAUCUUCUUAAAGUUUUGGAACUUGAUGAAAAUGACUACCCACAGUACUGUGGUGACCAGGAAUACAUUCGAAAGGCAUUGAAAGAAAAUUUUUUGAAUCAAACGCAGAAAUAUUGGAUUGAUAAAUUUGAAAAUAUUGAUGCAUGCUGUACUCCUGUGUGGAGUCUGCAAGAAGCUGCAGUUGACUUACAUAAUAAGGCAAACAAAUCAUUUAUGAUUGAUUCUGAUGGCAAUUCCAUACCUUCACCAUCUCCUCUCUUGUCCAAGUCACCAGCAUUUACGUCUGCUAGAGAGGACCCUAUCAUUGGUGAACACACACACAAGAUUUUAAAAGAAAUCAAUUUUACAGAAGAAAAUAUCAAGGAAUUGAUUUCAACUACAGUUGUGAUACAAAACUCACCUCUGAAUUCUAAACUUUAAUUUCUCUUUUUAAUAGGUGAAGAAUUCUGCAGUCACCAUUAAAGCAUCAGAAAGAGAAAAGUCACAUAGUAUUUGUUCCAGUUUUUAUAUUCCAAGUUCAAAUCCCAGUGACCUUAGCUUUGCCUUUAAUCUCUCUGGGAUUGAUCUAAAACAAUGAUAAUCUAGAGAAGUAGUUCUCAAUGUUUUUGACAUUGUGCCUCAUUGGUGAUCAAAGAACUGCUGCUGCAUUUCGUAUGUAAAGUAUUUUUUUUUUAAAAACCUAUUGCUAACCUUAUUUUUAUGAAUCAUACAUAUAUUUAACAAAAAUUAUGAUUUAACACAUUUUCUUGAGACACUGAAGUAGUAAUUUGGAUUUUGUGACAAAUUCAAUUUUACUUUUAAACUCUGUGGUGCAUUUAGCUCUCUGUGAGGCACCAGUGCACUACCGUUCUAGAGUAUAUUCUGGUUUCUAUUAAUGUCUAAACAAAUCAGGCUAUGAUUCUCUAUUGUUGAAAUUCUUCCCAAUUCAUUUCUUCAGCCCAGUUUUUUUUUUGUUUUUACCAUUGUUUGUGAAGUUUGUCUCUAUCCCAACCUUGAAAACUCUUUCAAAUGAAAAAAAUAUUUUGUUAUAAUUUUAUCAAGAAUAUACUUAAAUAUAUUUUCACAGUU